CACACGCACUUGCUCUCCAAGCAACUUCACCCACAACCACCAACCACACCCACCACACUCACCAUGUCCGCCCCCUCCGUCCCCCACCCCUGGAUCGCCCAGUGGGACGCCAACUACAACGCCUACUACUACGUCAACCCCGAGACCAACAUCACGCAGUGGGAGCACCCCGCGUCCGCGCCACCAGCGUACAACCAGCAGGCGGGCGGCCAGGCCAACUCGUACUACGGGGACCAGAAGCACGACUACAACAGCCAGAACCAGUACAACCAGCAGGGGCAGUACGGCGAGGCCGGCGCGCCGGGCGGUGCGGCCGACGGCGAGCGCGGCAUGGGCUCGUUCCUCGUCGGCGCGGGUGCCGGCGCCAUCGGGCACAAGAUCUUUGCCAACAAGCCCCAGCAGCAGCCCCAGCAGCAGUACUACCCCCCACAGCAGGGCUACAACCCGGGCUACGGCGGAUACCCCCAGCAGCAGUACGCGCCCCCGCCCAACAAGCCCAGCGGCGGCAUGGGCGUCGGCACGGGCCUCGCCAUUGGCGGUGCUGCGGCCGCCGGCGGCCUCCUGCUCGGCAAGCUCCUCAGCAACAACAACAACAACUCGCACGGCGGCGGCGGUCACCACCACGGCGGCAAGUACGGCAAGCAUGGCAAGCACCACCACCACCACCACUGCUAAGGUGGCCGCGCGUCGUUCUCUUUCCGAGUCUCACGUUCUUGGGUUCAUGUUGUACCAGUCCACUCGCAUUGUCUCGUAUCGUUCCUAGGGCAUGCAUACACGUCCAUGAG